AUGGCUUUAUCUCCAUCGCAUUCUGGAUUACCUUCAUUUGUCAUGAUUGAACUAAGUUUGGAUGGUUUGUACAACCGCUUUUUUGCCGACUACAGCAUAUAUAGUCUGUUGAGACUUAUCUCCAUCAUUGGAGGUUAUAUCUUCCUGCGUCAGAUUUUGUUGAGAGACAUCAAAAGGCGCCAACUUAAGGCUCAGCUGGAUUCCGAUAACAAGCAGAAACAGGCUGAUCUGAUUGACAACCCGAACGAUCUCGCGAAGGCCACCGGUGUUCAGGCGUCGGACCAGAUUUGGGGUUGGGGAAAGUCAACCAGGCAGAGAGCUAAAAGGCAGGAGAAGAUAGUGCAAGAAAUGCUUGAGAGAGAUGCCACCAGGAACAAUGGAGAUUAUGACAGUGACGAGGAUAUUGCCGAUCUUCUUGAAUCUGACAGUGACUGA